AUGGCAAGAGUGCAGUAUUCUGGCCAAUUACUGAGCAUGCAUCUAUUCAAUAGGCUUUAUGCAUUAAGAAGGCUUUUUUAUUAUAACCCAAAAUACUCUAAAUUUAAAAUAAAUUAUGUAGUUCUUUAUGCAUUCCUUCAGAGUACUGUCCUGGGGUGUUUUAUAAAAUUUAAAUUUCUUAAGAAGCACCAGAAAUUAGAGCUAGUAAAUUAUUUGCUGCCAAGAAUUUAUUUAUUCCUUCAAACCUCUACAAAAUGGGUGCUUAGCAUUUCUGUAGCUCAAAUUUUAAUUUCUCACUUCCAUGCAAAAAUAGUUGAGCUCCCAUACUACAUCAGUAUAAAAGUAAGACUUAAAAUUUAA